CCCCCCCUGCCAACCCCGAUGGCCACAGGUUGGCCAGAGAGGAGCCCUUAAUCCCCGGCAGGCCUUGGGUGCUGGCUCUGAUGUACACCCUUCAGUCCACCGCCCCCGCGCCCUGCCUCCUGGGGUGGCCGCUCAGCCAAGGACAGGGCUGCCUGCCUACCUGCCAGGCCUGGGUGCCGCCCCCCGGCGCCUCGGCUGCUGGGCCACACCUGACUGCCAGUCCAGCAUGCCAGGUGCCGCACUCCUGCUCCUGGCCCUGCUCUCGGGGGUCUCCACCUUACCCAGGGGGCCACCUGGUACGUAGAGGCUGGGGACGGGACCUGUCACGCUGCCAUCCCUGUGCUGCCCUUUCUCAUCCCUGCCUGGGAGAGCGGGUGGGGUCUGCCUCUGUGUCCAGAUGCUCCUGGACCCCCGACUUCUUCAGAGUCCCUGGCAGGCUAAGGCCGAUGGCUGCAGGGGAGGAGUGUUCAAAUGCGUUUAGGAAACGGGGGUGGGGGGGGUGUCCUGAAUGAGAACACUUGACAAGGAUGCCGGCCGAGUGCCUCCCCAAGGCGGAGGGCGCGUGCGUGUGUAUUUCCCCACCCUUUGCUACUGCUGUUCUCGGUGAGGAACCUGGACGAAUGGAGAAGCCAGAGACCCCCGCAGCCUGGCUGAGCUUCAGCUGUGCCAAAGGGCAAGGGGACAGCACCCUCCCUACUGGUCACAGUACCCUUGGAAAGGAAGGGGUAGGGCCAGCACCCUCCCUGAAAGCUGCUGCCCCCACAGAGCAGCCUGGGCCCCUGGGGUUGCUGACCGCCCCCCCCCCCUCCCAUCAGACACCCCUCAACUUCCCAGCCAGGGAUUCCCUGGCCCGCUCUGGGUGGAGAAAUCGAGGCCCGGGAAGGGGGUCUCCUGCAGAGGCGAGUGGCUUUGCGCCCAGCCUUGGUUGCUGGACUGUGGACAGCCCCUGGGUCUUCAGGGGACACACAGCGACUCUGCCAGCAGUGAGGCAGGAGCGGGGCGUGGGUGCACCCCUCACCGAAACAGCACCCGUUUUCCCAAGGAGGCGGCAGAGGCGGGGAGGUUGGGUCACUCGCCUGGAGGGUCUAAGGGAGAGCGCGGCCUCGUCCUUCGGGCUGCCCUUCUCCCCGCCAGCGCCCCCAUUCCCGGCGGCGCCCGGGCCCUGGCUGCGCCGACCCCUUUUCAGCCUGGAGCUGUCCGACGCGGAGGACGCCUUCCCGCGCCGCGCGGGGCCGCUCGAGAUCCCGGCCGACAGCCGCGUGUUCGUGCAGGCGGCCCUGGCCCGUCCCUCUCCGCGCUGGGACCUCGUCCUGCACCGCUGCUCAGUGACACCGUCCUCCCGGCCGGCCCCGGGGCCCGCCCUGGCGCUGCUGCGCGGGGGCUGCCCCGCCGACUCCUCGGUCGUCUUCCCGCCGCCGCCGCCGCCGCUCCCGGGUGCUGCCCGUCCCGCGCGCUUCAGCUUCAGCUUCCGCCUGCGCCCGGUCUUCAACGCCUCGGUGCAGUUCCUGCACUGCCAGCUGAGUCGCUGCCGCCGCCUCCGGGGAGCCCGCCGGACGCCCGCGCCUCUGACGCUGCCCCCGCCCUCGCUGUGUCUGCCUCGGGAUGAGGCGUGCGCGGGCGCCGGCAGCGGCAGCGGCAGCGGCGAGAGCCCGGGUGCCGACAGCCCCCACCUGCACACGCUGACGCAGCCCAUCGUGGUCACGGUGCCGCGGCCACCCCCCAGGCCGUCCAAGGGCGUCCCCGGCCGAGCCGUGCGCCCCGAGCCGCCUGCGCCGGCCCCGGCGGCCCUGGAGCCCGCGCCGGUGGUGGCGCUGGUGGUGGCGGCCUUCGUGCUGGGCGCCGCGCUGGCUGCCGGCCUCGGCCUCGUCUGUGCGCGUUCAGCACCCCCAGCCCCCGGCGCCCUCCCGAGAGACUCGGCCGGCGACCCCCAGCCCAGGAGGCCCCAGUGAGGAAAGCGAGCCCGGAACGCCGACUCCGCCCUCGCGGGCAUGAAGCCUCCACAGCGGCGGCGAGCGGCCC